UUUCUUUCUAUGUUCCUCAACUUCGUCUGUUUACUUUUUCACAACCCAAAUUUCGGAUACACUGCGGGGGUGCUUCAUCAAAUCGAAGAAAUCCAACCAACGAAACGAACGCUGCCUUGUGCAAGUCCAACCAGAGGAAGCACCAGCGCCAGCUCAAUAACGCCAGUACCAGCCAGAGGUAGCAAAAAUAAAAAGGAAGAAUUGAUAUCACAGAAGAAGAAAAUCCACCAAAUGGCACACGACAAAACGGUACACACAGGCUAUAGGGCACUUUUCGCUCCGUAAUAAUUUCGCCCCAUUGCCAUUGUACUAGUGACGUUGCUGUUGUUGGUGCUGUUGCCUUUGCUUUUGCCUUUGCCGUUGCCAUUCCGUUAUGUAUGUUGCAUGGAUUCAACUAUCAUGGCGGCAGAAGAAAUUCCGCUCAGUCUUUUAAGUGGCGCGUCGGAGUUCAUACAUAAGGCACUUUACGUCUCGUCUCGUCGCUUCUAUACCGACGGAAUUAUUAUUAUACUGCCUCAGCAGCAAGAAAAAGGCAUAUUGGCAUUUUUUCGGUGUGUGAUGUCGGUUGCUUAGAAAUACAAACAAAAAAUUAGAGUAUCUCGAAAAAUGUUCUGUUCGUGAAGGAACAUCAUAUGCUGGUUGCAUUCUUUGUGUGUUUAUACAAAAUCUGCAUUAAGGAAAUCAUAAAGCAGUAUCAAUCAAUGUCAUCACGAGUGUUGCUCCGGUUCUAGCUCUGGCUCCGGCUCCCGUUCCUCCAAGAUCCGUUUUACCUUUGGUGCUUUCUAGUAGACUCGUAAUAGGUAUUCGUGGAAAAAUAUAAAGUGAAUAGAAAAGUCAUUUUCCACCUCGAACAACACAAACAAUGAUAUUCUAAUCCUACACAAACGGAACGAACACCGGCAAAAAUAUCAAGUGAAAAGAGUGUUGUAGACUGCAGAGUGCUUGUGCCAAAGCCAGUGCCAAUCGAAAACGAAAUCGAUCGAUGGUGUACUUUCGAGGAAGUGCUUCGUUUGCUAUACAACACUUACCGUUACACUUCAGCCGCCGCCACCGUACGCUCAUGGAAUAAGAAGUUAUUAUUAUUGUUGUUAGUUCUAGUUGUUUGUUGUUAUUGUUUUUCUAGUUGCUAUUGUUUCCUCUGUACACAGAGCCAAGCACUGCACAGAUAGAGGGGGCGGGUAGUUCAUGUCGAAAGAAUUAUUUCAACCCAUUCGAUUGGAAUUAAGAAAAACAGAAAAACGAGCUAAAAAAAAAAAACUACCCAAGGACUAAUUGAAAAUUUCAAAUUAACGAAAGGCGCUGAUUGAUUUAAUGUUGAGAAAGCAAUUUCCAUUUGAUUCAGUUUUCAAUCUUGUGAGGAAUUAAGUUUGUUCGAUAGAUUAUUUCGUAUUUUUUUCCGUUCUAUCCAAUUUUCUGUUGUGUUUUUGUUUUCCUUGUAAAAAUCUCUUGUGGUGCAGUAAAGAAAACAUACACGUACCUAUAAUAUACCAAAGCAAGCAACCUGAAAGAUAUAAUUUUUCCUUUAAAAGCAUUUUCUUCCAAAGCAAGAGAAAAUAAGAAGAAAAUUUGUGUGUAUUUUUAUGUUUUUGUUGUAUAUGAUAUAAAAAAAGCUUGUGGUUAAGAGUUUUGUUUUUGCUUUGUUUUCUUAAAAGUGUGGGAAAGUGUUUUUGUGAUGAAGAUUUAAUUUGUGUUGUUUUUUUUUUUGAAGAGGAAGAAUAAAGAAAAAAUUCAUCAAGAAAAGAAGAAAGAAUCUUUCUGAAAACGAUUUUUUUAAAUAUAUGGAUACCUACACAUUUUUAUAGAUGAUUGUGAUUUAUUAGAAUUUAUCAAACAUGGCGAAGAAUCAUCAGAAUCAAAAUCAGAAAAAACCUUACCUUUUGUGUUGUUUUGUGUUAUAAAAUAAUAGAAAAAAAAAUCAUUCUCAGUUAAAUAAAAAAUAUAAAUUUUAAUAAAUAAAAUUGCGUGAGAGGCUUAGAAGGCUUAAUAAAAAAACACCCGCACUCCCAAUUCUCAAUCAUCAUGGCCUAUUGGAUGGAUACGUUGCUGCUAUUUAUGGUUUUUGUUCAAGAUUACACAUACAGUUUGCGACUGGUCGAAGUACGGAUACCAAACUACGUGGUAAAAGGAUCUGAUGCGCAACUUGAGUGCCUCUACGAUUUGGACGGUGAUGUACUGUAUUCUGUGAAAUGGUACAAGGAUGGGAAUGAAUUCUAUCGAUAUGUACCAAGAGAUAUGCCACCAUCACAGACAUUCCUCCUGCCAGGUGUAAUGGUUGAUUUACCCAACUCUACGGACGCUACAGUGACGUUAAAGAACGUCAACUUGUCAACGACAGGUCGUUUCCGCUGCGAAGUCUCAGGAGAGGCGCCUUCCUUUCAAACUGUCACUGAACACGGAGAUCUAGUGGUUGUAUAUCUUCCUGAUAAAGGACCCGUCAUGACUGGCGGUCGCCCCCGUUAUCAAGUUGGAGAUUGGGUUCGAAUAAAUUGUACAUCAGGACGUUCGAGGCCAUCUGUUCAGUUGACAUGGUUUGUCAAUGGAGAACAAGCAGAACCAUCUAUGGUUAGAGGAUAUGAAAAAAUUGUUUCUGGACGUGAAGCCCUGGAAACUUCAAUAUUGGGUCUACAAUUUCGAGUAGAACAACACCACUUUCGAAAUGGUGAUAUGAAAUUGAAGUGUGUGGCCCGUUUGUCAACAAUUUAUUGGCGCAGCAACGAAGAAUCCGUCGAAGGUGAUCGUCCUCAAAAAGCACCCGUUCUAGAAUCACGUGAAACUGUUUAUGCAAGCAAUUCAAGAAUGGAUCCAUCCCAAGGUAUGUCAUUCCGGGAAUUAUUUGUAACAAAACUUUUAUCGUUUUUCAUUCAACCAAAUGCAGCCAGUAUGAUGGACAUCAAAUGCUUGCCAAGUUUAGUUAUAACACUCACGUUAUUAUCAUGUGCGCUUAAUAGCUUAACACCGUCAUAUCAACGAAUUCAUAUAUCCUUUACAACAACGUUAUCGAAUAGAUAGCUUCAUUAAAUUUUAUUUUUAAUUUUUAUUUUAUUUUUAAUUAUAGAUGUAAAAUGUAUAACGUAGGUGGUACACAGAAAGUAAAACAAAAAAUAUUAGAAAAAACGCACUUAAAUUGUUUUAAUUUUAUUCCUAUAAAAAAAAUAUUUCUGAUUACAUCCAUAAAAAAAAUAUU